GUUUUUCAUCUUAAUUCUUCAAAUUAUUCCGUUUCUUAAAACUAUUUUGUCCUGUAAUUGUAUCGUUUAAAAUAAAAAUAGUGUGGCAAAAAUUUGCUGUAGCUUUAGUUCCGUUUUAUUUGUUCCUGCUUCUGUAUCUGCAUCGGUUUUGUUUCUUUCAGCAACCGGCUAUUGAUCCGAAAAGAAGUGGUGAAACGAUGUUUAAGUUGAUCAGCACUGCCAAAGCGAAUGGAGUCAUUCCGGUUCACAAAUACCGCUCGGAACGUACCGGUUUGACGGUUGUUGUUGGAGAAGUAGAAGGACCCUUAGUCAAUGGGUAUUUCACGCUGGCUACAGAGGCACAUGAUGACGAUGGACUGCCACAUACAUUGGAGCAUUUGAUUUUUUUGGGUUCGGAAAAUUAUCCUUACAAAGGAAUUUUGGAUUUAGUCGCUAACCGCUGCCUCGCUUCCGGAACUAAUGCCUGGACGGAUACGGACCAUACAUGUUACACUAUGACUACAGCCGGGAGUGGAGGUUUCCUUUCGUUGCUUCCAGUUUACCUGGACCACAUUCUCUAUCCUACUCUAACGGAUGCUGGAUUUACAACAGAGGUCCAUCAUGUCACGGAAGAGGGUGAAGAUGGUGGUGUAGUUUACUGCGAAAUGCAAGGUCGUGAAAAUACAGGCGAAUCCCGAAUUCAACUAGAAAUGCUUCGCGCUAUCUAUCCAAAUUGUGCUUAUAGCUCGGAAACCGGCGGUAUUAUGGCCAAUUUGAGAACCAGUACAAACAAUGAAAAGGUUCGAGCAUACCAUGCGGCAUUUUAUCGGCCGGAUAAUUUGCACGUGAUCAUUACGGGGCAGAUAAACCCGGAGGACAUUUUCAAAGCACUGGAACCUAUUGAGCAAAAAAUUCUUGCUAAAGGUGAACUUCCACCUUUUGUACGGCCAUGGCAAACUCCUGUCGCUCCCUUGGCUGAAUCCAAGACGCUGAGAAUAGUUUAUCCAGCCGACGAGGAAGAUUGUGGUUUGCUAGAUGUGGCAUGGCGAGGGCCUAAAGCAACCAGUGAGUACGGGGAAUUGACCGCUUGCUCUGUUCUGUUGCGCUAUCUUUCCGAUACAUCUGUAAGCCCGCUACAACAAGAAUUUAUUGAAAUCGAAAAUCCUUACGCGAGUCGUGUGGGCUAUAAUAUAGCAGAAAAUUCCGAAUCAUUGUUGUACAUCGGCUUUGAAAACGUUAUCUUGGAUAAAAUGGAAGCCAUCUACCCUAAGCUAAUGAAAAUACUGGAAAGAAUUGCAUCUGGUGAAGAAAAAAUAGAUAUGAAGCGAAUGGCCAGCGUAUUGGAAAGAUAUAUCUUAGAAUCAUUGAGAAAUUUGGAAAGUAACCCACACGACGACGUGGCAUUUCACGUGAUUGGUGAUGUACUGUAUGGGGAGGUGCCUCAGGAUUUUGAUACCCGUUUAAACGCAAACCGGUGCUUACAAGAGCUGAAAAAUAAGGAUGAAGAAUUCUGGCGUGCUUUACUAGUUAAGUAUCUUGUAAAUGCGAAUAAUGUCGUAGUUCGUGCAGUUCCAAGCAUCGAGGAACAAAAGCGUUACGCUAAGGAAGAGCAUGAUCGGGUUGAACAACAGAAAGGCUUUUUAGGAGCGGAAGGACUAGCUCAGAAAGCGAAGCAGUUGACCGAUGCGAUGGCUACCAAUGAAAUUCCUCCACCUGAUGAUAUGUUGACCUCAAUUCCGGUACCUUCUACCGACGGAAUAAAGUUUCACCCCGUUCAAAUUUUUAAAUCAAGCGAAGAAAAUAAUCCACCCGGUUUAAAUCUACAGAAAUUGCCGGUUUAUGCAGAAGCAUAUCAUUUGCAUACUAACUUCUGUUAUCUUAUGGUCACUAUGAAUACGGAACCAGUGGAAGCGCAUUCGCGUCCAUACCUGCUAUUGUUGAUGGAACUUUUGACCGAAUCGCCUGUUCGACGUGGGGAUAAAUUAAUACCGUACGAAUCCGUUGUAGCGGCCCUGGAGUCGGACACAAUUGAAACCGAAGCAAAAUUAGGUAUCGAAACGAGAAGUCGUUUCAGCUUGGGACCUUUUAGUACUGCAGCAACACUGUUCAUGCAAGUGAUUCCAACCAAGUAUGAAAUCGGUAUCAACUGGAUUGCGGAACUGUUGCGUAACACGGAGUUUACUCCUGAACGUAUAAAGGUUUGUGCAUCGAAAAUGGUAAAUGAUGUUGCGCAAGCUAAACGGGAAGGAAACUCCAUUGUUCGAGAUCUCCUGAAAGCUAUGUAUUAUGGAUCAGAUAGUCACGUUCGUGUGAGUUCCCUGUUAAAACAGCAAAAGUUUUUGAGUGAACUGAUCGAGCAGCUUAACAAUCCUGCCGGUGUCAAAAAAGUUAUCAACGAUUUAAACAAUGUUCGAGCUAUUAUUACUAGACCCGAAAAUCUGGCAUUACAUCUGGCUGCUAACUGGGUAGAAAUGGCCAAACUUCAAAUCGAUUUGGAAGGACCUUGGUCGAGACUUGUUAAUACCGAAGGAGUUCACAAAAAUAAAUUAUCAGUCAUUCCUGAUUGGCAAUUGAUGCAGUUCAAAGGUACCCUGGAAGAUUUCAACGGCGUUGUAGUCGGUUUGGGAAGUGUUGAAAGUGCUUUCCUCUAUCAAAGUUCUAACGCAAUAAAAGAUUUCAACGAUGCAGAUUUGGCACCACUACUUCUGUUCUUGCAGUACCUGACACAGCUGGAGGGAGCAUUGUGGCGGCAAAUUCGGGGUCAAGGUUUUUCCUACGGCUACAACAUCGUUCCUCGACCGAAUGAAGGACUUUUAUACUUUACACUCUACCGUGCAUCCAACGUGGUUGCUGCCUACAAAGAAGCGAAAUCAAUUACAGAGAAACAAUUGCUAGAGGAUGCUAAAUGGGACCCGACGCUGUUGGAAUCGGCUCGCAGUUCGCUUAUAUUUGAAAUAAUUGCACGCGAAAAGAGUAUUGGCAACGUAGUGACUCAGUCGUUCCUGUCCAGCUUCAAGCAAGUGUCAGCAGGUUACAAUCAGGCGUUGGUACAGCAGGUCGGUAACGUUACCGAGGCUGAUUUGGCGCGUGUUGGCAAUAAAUACGUUCGGCAAUUAUUCUCGUCCGACGCCAAGACGGCAAUCGUGUGCCACCCGGAUAAGGCAGCGGAUGUAGCUGCGGCAUUUAAACAACUUGGUCACAAUCUAAAAGUGGAAACCAGCUUGGAGGAGAGCAUUUUGGCUUAAAUAAUUUGCCGGUUCGAAUACUUGGAAUUAUUCAUUUGCAAACGCUGCGUACUAUGCUACUAUCUCGAUACUAUCCAUGAUAGAGUUCUUAUUUGUAACUUUAAAUAAACCUUAAA